AUGUCCAGUACGGAUGUGGCAUUCAACCGUAACGAGCAGUUGGGCUCCAUUCUUAUCAGCUUGGUGGUUUCGGCCGUGAUGUAUGGGAUCACAACUUUUCAAGUUUAUGUAUUCUUCAAGCAAGACGAUGAUAGACCCAAGGAUUCGAAAGUCAUGCAGGGAUUUGUGAUUUUUCUAUGGCUCCUUGACACGCUCCAGCAAGCAUUUGUUACGCAAGGAAUUUAUUGGUACCUAGUCACACACUUUGACGAUCCCUCCAUUUUCCAACAUUCGACAUGGGGCCAUACGUCCCAGGUUUUUAUUACAGCUAUUAUGGACUUCCUGUGUCAAGGUUUCCUCAUACGACGUAUCUGGCAUCUCACCCCGCCAGAGAGAAAGAAGAUCGCAAUAUGUGUUGUGUUUAUUAUAACCACCGUUUCCCUCGUCUCCUUCGUGGCGAUGAUGAUGAUCGGGGUAAUUUUCUUCGAAGUUGCCGAUAUGUCUCAAAUCGCAAAGCCGAAGCCCAGAAUUACGUUCUACACCACCCUCGGUGCCGGCAUGGCAGCAGAUAUCUGCAUCGCGAGUUGUCUAUGCUAUCAGCUCUCCAGGAAGAGACCGACUGUUCCUAGGACCAAAACCAUUGUAGAAAGGGCCAUUUUGUACACAAUCAAUACAUGCGUUCUAACCAGCUUCAUCGCCACGGCGUCCUUUAUUGCUUUGGCAAUAAAACCCUUGUCCAUGGUAUUUGUCGCGCUAUUUUGCCUCCUUUCAAAAUUCUACUUCAACACGCUCAUGGCAACAUUAAAUUCCCGCAUUGCUUUGCGACGUCAUCUCGAGGCUCCUACAUCCGUUUCCCUCAACUGGCUGCAUGGCGACGAAACAAGAAAUGGACGGAGUACGAUAUCACGUUCAUCAGGAGGGAAGGAAACCAGUCGUCACGGUGCUGAUCUAGCCAUUUCCUCGGGCUUGGACAUGGAGACAGGGGUUACGGUGAUGGAGGUACUUACUGUGCCGCGGAAGAAAGGUCUCCCCAUUCGUGUGUUUACUGUCUAA